UGCUUUUCUGGGGAAUUGGUUUGGUUUCUUUUACGCUCAAGAGCUAUAAGCGGCUGGUGUCUCUGAUUCAUCCUACUCUUCAACACCGUUCGAACCAAGUCCAAGUCUCCGUGAGCCAGUUUCAAAAUGAAGGCCGCAGUCCUCUCCAUCCUCACCAGCGGCGUCGCUGCCCAGGUCACUGUCGCUCCCGUCUUCGCCCCUGGCAUCCUCAAUGUCGCAGCUGUCAACCCCGGAGACCCUGGUUACCAGACCUGCUCUGAGGCCGUCAACCUCUUUGAAGGCUGUGUGUCGUCUCUAGGUGGUGUUGAGGCCGCCGCCAACGCCGACCCUACUGAGCUCAUUGGAUGCGCUUGCUGCGAUGGAGCCACUGCCGCCGCUCCUCUCUACUCCGUAUGCUCCAACUACCUCGAGGAGGAGCUUCCUACUGCCAGCGAGCAAUAUGAGGCAUACGGCACUCUCUAUAAGGCUUGCGCUCUCGCUGCCUCGUGCGGUGGUGGUAGCGGUGGCAGCGCUACUCGCAGCCCUCGAACCACAGCCGUUGUUAGCAGCGAUGGCGAUGAGUCGGCUUCGGCUACCAUGACCAGCCCUGCUGAGCAGACCUAUGCUCUGGCCUGCGAGAACAUGCUUGGUGUCUUCGCCUCGUGCACCCGUGCCAACCGCGACUUCACUGAACUCCCCUUCAAGGAGCAGGCUGAGUGCUACUGCUGCCGUGGUUCCGGCGACAGACUCACCUGGACUGAUGAGAUGGGUGGUUAUGCCAAGACCUGCGCCAGCUGGGCCAGCACUGGCGAGCCCGACACCAUCCUCCCUGUCGCCGAGACCUUUGCCAGCUUCUGCAAGCGCUACACCACUGCUUGCGACGUUGCUGCCACUCGCACUCAGGACUCCGAGACCACCGCGACUGACGACGACAACGACGACGACGAGACUGACUCAACUACCGAGUCUUCUCCCCGACAGACCAGCAACAGCGAUGAUAACAACGACAACAACAACGAUGCCACCACCAGCAAUGACGGCCCUGUCACCGUCACUGUCCCAGGCACCGGCUCCGCUGCCAGUGCCACCGAGACCAGCGGCAACUCUGCCUCUUCUCUCCGUGUCGGUCUCGGCGCUGUCUUUGCCGCCGUUGCUGCUCUUGCUGUUGCUCUGUAAGCGCCCGUUGUGUGACGCGAGUGGGGAUGGGCUGUUGGUUCUACAUUUCGAGUGGAAAUUGUGUUGGUUCUAAUGACUGCUGGCAUGGUUUAAUGAAUUUAUAUUGGAGAACACUUGGACAAAGCGUGUCAUCGUUGGGGGACAUCCUUGUUGGCAUAUGAAGGGAAACCAACCGUAUAUAUAGAAAUUCACUUUUGAUAUCCCACC